AUGGCGCACGGGUUUAGCCAAGCUGUGAUUGCUGAAGCCAUACGAAAUGCAGACCCGGCUGCGCAGAUUUCAGAUGGUUUGGUUGUGCAUCUGGCAGCUGAGCUGCAACCUCUCUUCUCGACCAGAGUUGCUGCCUACGGUAGAGAAACUUGUGCCCAAGAGUUGCUCCCCUUGCCUCGGAGCUGUUCUGCGUGCAAAACCCGGCUAGCUGAAUGCAGAGGUUCUGCCACGCCUGCGGCAGUGAUAGACCUUUGUGGAGUCGUUGAAAAGCUGCAUGUUCCACUGCGGUGUAGAAAGCCUUCAUGCCCGGAGUUUGGGGUGCUUCUUUGGUACAACUACUGCGUACGCAAAGGCAAGCAUGUGUUCCAGGGAGAGCUGCCACUCUUGCAAUGUUUCAUGCUAUCCUCGAGCUUUGGUUUUAGUAUCCCUUGGCUGCGCCAGUUCCACCUGCGUUUGGUGCGUCAGCACGCAUCAUUCACGAGUGAAGCCGACGUACUGACGGCGCAAGCUGCCACCAAUUCGCAGCUGCAUCGUCUCCCCACUUCACGCUUGCGGCUGCUGAUCAGCCAGGGAUGGUUCACCUGGCGCUUGCUGACGCGUGGGCUUGAAGCCGGCUUGGAUUUGUCUGUGGUAGAUUUUCAAUCUCCCAUGGAGGACACGGCGUGCAGGUUCUUGGGUCCAUUGCAAGCAGCAUUCAGCCGGAAGGCCGUGGAAGGUGCUCAGCGUGCCAAAAUGCGGUGCGAUGUUAUUGUUUUAGAUGGCAAUGCAAAGAACCGGAGGGCAGUCUGCGCCGCUGCGCUGGCGGGAUGUUCUUACUCUCCAACCCUCCGCAGAACUUUGCGCCACACCUGCACAAAAACGCCUGCUUUCAAGCAUAGCUUUUGCUUGCACCAUUGUGAAGCUCCUGGCGCAGAUCGUUCUCACACAGAUGUUGAGAUUCUACAACACAAGUCUAUCAAUGAUGGGCAGCAACUGAUGGUUUUGCUCCAGGAAACGACCGAACCUCGCAGGGAGGCUUGGGUCUUGGAUUCCGCCGUGCCAGACACUGUCUUGAGCAAGUACUUGCGGCAAGUUGGGGCGGAGAAGCUGAAACUUCGCAAGCGUACUCAUGACCCCCAACCUUCAGACACUGCAGGGCCUUCUCCCGCACCGCCACUGUUGCAGGCGCAGGUUGAACCCGUGGCAGAGCUUGAGCAAUGUUCAGAUCCAGCGGAUUUAGCGUCUGUUGCAUGUUCAACGCACAAGGAAAGCAGUACUGCCCAGAGGCAACUUGCCAAGUCAGCGGGCAUGCUUUGCGUAUGCUUGUCCGAGGGCCUUAUUUUGCACAUGCAAGAGAUUUAUGGCUGCGAGUCUCUGAGCCAGCGCUACUUCUGCGUCGCUGCUGUCAAAGCUUUGCUGCCGACCCUGACGACAGUGGUGCACGAUGAUGCGUGCCACUUGCACAAGUAUUGCGCGCGUCGAGCAGCGCACUCUCAAGCUGCGGCGCAGUUGUCGCCACCUCACAUGACCUUUGUCUGCGACAAGUUCCACAUGGCAGGCCACACGGAUGCUUGGUGCAAGCAAACAUGUGACCCGGAGCUCCCGUCCAACUCCGCUCUUCUCGCUGGUGUCAGGACUUCAGUUUGCGAGUUCACCUUCACAUGGCUCAGCAAAUACAAGCACCAAACCAAGCACAUGAACGAAUACGGUUUUCAGUUCUUCUUGCUCGACAUGGCGUGGAGCCACAAUGAAAUCAUUUUGCAGGGAGGCUACAGGCCGGAGGAGGUAGCUGGCUCUUUGGAUGCUGAGGAUGUCGCGUAG